AUGUCUGACUAUCUUCGAAGCAUUAAAGACAUUUGCGAUCAGUUAGCUUCCAUUGGUGAUCCUGUUAGUGAGAAGAUGAAGAUUUUUGCUGCUUUAAGAGGCCUAAGUCGUGACUAUGAGCCAAUAAUCACUGUCAUCGAAGACUCAAUGGAUCGAAGACCUCAACCAACUUAUGAAAAUGUGAUCUCUCGACUAACUGGUUAUGAGGAUCGACUACAAGGCUACUCCAACUCGUCUGAUGUCACUCCACACCUUGCCUUUCACACCAUGUGGUCGUCCAACUUCUCAGGCAGAGGACGUGGUAGCAGAGGAAGAGGACGCGGAAACGGUUUCUCAACCAGAGGACGUGGCUUCCAGCAACAGUUCUCAGGAUCUCCUCAGUUUUCAGUCUCUUCUCAGUUUCCAAGCUCUUCUCACGGUUCCACUAAACCUGAGUUACCAGUCUGUCAGAUCUGCAGCAAACGAGGACAUAAUGCUCUAGAUUAUUGGUACCGCUUUGAUGAAGAGUAUCAGAAACCGAAGGUUGCAGCUGCAGCUUUCUCUGCUCUUCAUAUCACCGAUAUAACUGACGAUGGUGCUUGGUAUCCUGAUUCCGGUGCAACAGCUCAUAUUACCAACACCACUCAACGUUUGCAGAAAGCUCAGCCUUACACCGGAACAGAUACAGUCAUGGCAGGUGAUGGUAAUUUUCUCCCUAUAACUCACAUCGGUUCAGCAAAUCUACCUUCUACUUCAGGUAAUCUCCCAUUAAAAGAUGUGUUGGUUUGUCCUGCAAUAGUGAAAUCUUUGCUUUCAGUUUCAAAAUUGACUAAGGACUAUCCUUGUGCAAUCACGUUUGAUUCUGAUGAUGUUCUUAUUAAGGACAAGCAAACAAGACAUGUUCUGACAAAGGGAAAGGAAAAUGAUGGUCUUUACAAAUUGGAGGAUGGAAAGUUUAAGACGUUCUAA